GGCGGGCGCUGCGGCCCCGGGGCUCCAGGAAGCAGAGGCCGCUCGGACGUCGGGCAGCGAGCUGGGCGCUAUGAACUCGGCUGCGGGGUCUCGGGGUCCCAGCCCUGCAGGUGGAGAACAAAACAUGACAGAAAUAGAUGCCUACUAUAAAAGUGAAAUGUUUGAUCCAUCAGAAAAGUACAAGAUGGACCACAAGAGGAGAGGACUUGCUCUAAUCUUCAAUCAUGAGAGGUUCUUCUGGCACUUGACACUGCCAGAGAGGCGGGGCACCAGCGCAGACAGAGAGAACCUGACUCGCAGGUUUUCAGAUCUAGGAUUUGAAGUGAAAUGCUUUAAUGAUCUUAGAGCAGAAGAACUGCUGCUCAAAAUUCAUGAAGUGUCAACCUCCAGCCAUGUAGAUGCCGAUUGCUUUUUAUGUGUCUUCCUAAGCCAUGGUGAAGGCAAUCACAUUUAUGCGUAUGAUGCCAAAAUUGAUAUUCAGAUGCUGGCUGGCUUGUUUAAAGGAGACAAGUGUAAGAGCCUUGUUGGAAAACCCAAGAUAUUUAUCAUUCAGGCGUGUCGGGGAAACCAGCACGAUGUGCCAGUCACUCCUUUGGAUGUGGUGGAUCAUCAGACGGACAAGCUCGACAAUGUAACGGAGGUGGACGCGGCCUCUGUGUACACGCUGCCUGCUGGAGCCGACUUCCUUAUGUGCUACUCUGUGGCAGAAGGAUAUUAUUCUCAUCGAGAAACUGUGAAUGGCUCAUGGUACAUUCAAGAUCUGUGUGAGAUGCUGGGAAAAUAUGGCUCCUCCUUAGAGUUCACAGAACUCCUCACACUGGUAAACAGGAAAGUUUCUCAGCGCCGAGUGGACUUUUGCAAAGAUCCAGAUGCAAUUGGCAAGAAGCAGGUUCCCUGCUUUGCCUCCAUGCUAACUAAAAAGCUGCACUUCUCCCCAAAAUCUAGUAAGUAGGGGCCACUUUGCCUUAUUAUAUGUAUGCUGUAUAUAUUUCCCUUUUUACAUAAAACAGCCUCUCUGCAUUGGAGAGGUUUAAAAUGUUUCAAGGUUUAACCCAGCAGAGAAGUGCCUUUUGUUUUUCAAUCAUGUGUACAUGGUGAAAGGGUUUGAAAAGAAUUCCUCAGGAAGUCUACAGCCAUACCACCCUGAAUGUGCCCAGUCUCGUCUGAUCUUGCAAGCUAAGCAGGGACAGACCUGGUUAGUAUGGGAGAAAUCCUCAGGAAAUUACAUAAAAUUACAUAAAAAUCUACAAACAUUUUUCUUUUUUUUUUUAGUAAACUGUAAGAUUACCUAUAAUAUUUAGCUGAUUUGACUUGUAUUUUGUGACUUUUUUUAAUAACAGUUUAUUGCAUAAUAUUUUUUAAACCUAAGAAUUAGACCAUUGAUUUUCUUUAAUAAAAUACUUGAAAUAAAUAUUUUAUGAAAUUUUUCUAAUUCA